GAUGACGUCUGAACUACUCGCGGAAGUGACGUAACUCUACGUUUGUUCCUCCAAUCAGAGCUCGCAGCGCGCGAUUUCGAACAUCAACGUCCCCGACGGAAAAUACGCCACAGAAUCAACUCGCACAAAAUACACAAUUUACGCACUAUCCGGCCUAAAGUAGCUGUUUAUAGAUCUUAUCGCAAAUAAUUGGGUAAGACGUACGCCGUGUUUUGGUGAAGCUCGGCGUAAUAUGGAGAUAAAAGCUGAUAUCUUGACCAGCUGAUAGACUUUACACUGGAUUUCGUGGAUGUGUGACUGAUCGUGCGCACUCAGCCAUGGUUCGGGAGCGGGUGGUGCAGAAGAAGUCCUUCCAGCAAAGUCUGGACGACAUCAAGGACAAAAUGAAGGAAAAGAGAAACAAGCGUCUCGCCAGUGCUUUAGCUGCCAGCCGCGGCCUCUCAAAACUGAAGAACAAACACACAGCUACAGUGAAGCCAUUUGUCCUGAAGAGUGUGCAGGUGAAUAACAAAGCUCUUGCAGUAGCCCUGCAAACAGAGAGGGAGAAGGUACGGCAAGCGCAGGGGGUCAUCCUGCAGCUCAAGAAAGAAAGGCAAGCACUCAUCUUUCACCUGCUGAUGCUGAAGAGGACGCUUAAAGAUCGAAGACCUGCUGAAAGUGCCCAGGUUUCUCCUGUAGAGACGGGUCCACCUCAGCCAAUCAGUCCUAAACCAGUACAUGUGGUUGAGACGGAUAUCCCUGAUCAUCACUCAGCAGAACCACCUUUUAAUGCAGAUGCUGUUCCAGGUUGGCGUAGUGUCAGACAGGUUUCGUUGCCCCCCACAGUAGGAACAAGGCGAAAGAGACGCUCUGAGGUUGUGAGGAGGCGAAGCUCACGUUUUGACUCUGGCACGGUCGAGAAAUGUGACGCAUUCGAUGUGAAAAGAGAAGAGACUAUUGAUAACAGACAAGAGACGUGUCAUGAACAGGAAGAGCUUAAUGAAGAACAAGCUGGACAAAAAACAGGGCAGAACUGUGAGUUCAACCUAGAGAUUUCUGAACUCCCAGCUGUUCAGCACUCGACGCCUGAGCCCCCCCAGCGGACUGCCAGACAGCCCAAGAAGAAACCUACCCAAGCCGCUCCCCGCCCCAAACAUGAGCGGGGGCGCAAACCAGACCGAGCCCCAUUGAAGAAACCAUGGGAAAACCCCAAACCCCGUGCUCGCUCCAAGAGCCGGGACCGAUGUCAGAGUCGUACAAGAGCGGCACUUCCACCUGCCGAUCACCUUAACUCCUCGUUGGGUGGCAAUGACACCUUUGACUUUGACUGUGAAGAGGCCAUCCAUCUAACGCCUUUCAGAGCAGGAACCAAAGCUGUGGAGAAACCAUCACCUGAUGCUCCGGAUAAAGAGGACAAGGUCUUGCCCAGUCCUGUUGCCAUGGAAUCCAACAACUGCCUCUCAGAAGAUGAACAUGAUGCAGAUGAUUCCCCUUAUGUACCAAAGAGGAGAUCCAAAAGAGCUCGUAGUCCACCACCCAGACGGGCUCGCUCUAAAAGGCGGUCCGUUCAAGAGGCCAGAGAAAACAGAGGAAAAGAAAAUACUUCCCAAAAGCAGGACCAUGUUGAAAUACAGCACAGAGAAAAAAGUAGGCCUGAAACUGAAGAAAUUGGUCUGCACCUCAGCGAUGAUCUCGGCCCAGGCCUUCUGCUCCCACAUUCACCAGUUUGUGUUCCUCCUGAGAAUCCCAGCCAAUCAGAACCAAGCCAAGAGAUCUGCCAAGGUAACUUUGUAUGUGGGAACACUAAACUGAAGCAUUGA